CAGCUAAUGUUUAACAGACUACCACGUUUAGUUUAAGUUAUAUUUAGCAAUCAGACGCAUGAUGUAAUACGACCUAUAAAGAGUGCUGUGAAACCGCCACAAAAUAUCGCAUAGUUUUAUUUUUUAAAUUUUAUUGUUUAUGGGUGAAGUCGUUGGCAACACCGCAUCGCAUUCAGACUUGCAUUUUUUGCAUCGUUUUUUUAUCCCGGUGUGCUUCUAGUUACCACAUUUUUCAACUUUGUGUAUGUUUUUAAUUUGAAAUGGCUUACAAUUGAGACAACCUAUUAGUGACCACUGGGUUGGAGCAAUUAAUGUUUGUUAAGUGUUUUGCCCAAAGACACAUACGCUGAUAAGCCACGGCGCGGAUAAAAAAACGGAUACGUUGUAAUAUUAGAAGUUCAGAGCAGUAACGCUUUUUUGAGAUAUCGCAGUUUAAGCUAUAUUUUCACUUGUGCAAAAUAACCGUGUUAUUUAUAGUAGGGUGGGGGGAAAUGGAACACCCUUUUAUUUUAAUUUCUUGCUCCAUUUAAUAUAAAAACAAAGGUUAUUCAAAGCGUUAAAAGACUAUUUCCUCACGGCUCCAACAUACCGUGGUUAAUUGUUUAAAACGCAAUCUUUAAAUAUUAUGUGCUAAAGGUGUCCUAUCUUCCCCACAGUCCUAUAUAUAUAUAUAUAUAUUGCACUCGAAUAAGGCAUGCAGAGUACGUUGAAUAAGUAGUCAUGCCCACUGUUGCAAUCUAUGUCGAAUACGAAUCAACAAUUAAGAUAUACUAAGAUACUUCGUGUUUAACACAGACUUAACGCUGGCCGAGUCAUCCUUAUAAUCGAGGAUAGAUAUUCCAAAAGAACAAUUAGAGUUAGACCCCACGAGACGGAGGGUAGCGUCAAAGCAAGGCCUACUCAUUACAUUGAAUAGCCCAUGGUCCUCGCACGCCGUAACAAUUGGAGGCGGAACUAGUUCUGAGCGACACCUAGUGGGAGCAACCCAUUACAAUCGCACGAGCUAACAAUCAACUAAUUGCUUCAAUACCACAAGCAAAUUCAACCUAAACCGCGUGGGUAAAAAAUACCUUUCAUACUUUUUUAAGGCUUUUACAAAUACACCUUGUGUAUUUGUAAAACUUAAAAUGUUGUAUAUUUAUCUUACCCCAGCUUACUAUAAAUUAAAAUCAUUUUUUCGAACACAGGUAUUAUAUGUUGUUUAUCUCAAACCGGCCAAAAAAACAAACUAAAACUAUACAAGUAUCGUGUUUGCGAUAUAAUUAGCUUGGAAUGGCCAGAGUUCCGCGACGGUUAAAUUGAAUUAGCGGGAAUUAUAAUCUAACGUGUCGGCCGGCCAUUGUUGUUUCUAUACGCGCGACAGAGAAUGAAUAUGACAGGGCAGAACUGCCUUUGAUUUCGCACACAAUCCGAUACUGCCAGUGACGAGUGGUGGUUUUUGUGACAAAAGAAAUAUGGUGGCCUGAAGGGUUCCGCAUAGUGCAAACAGAGCUCUAAAAACAGCCCUAUUCUCAUACAUUAUGGAUUUUGCUAAGUAUCGGCAGGUGACUUUCAGCGGCUUAGGAAGCUUAUAUAUAGGUUUAUAUAUAGACUUUAAAUGAGUAUUAUUUUCUGCAUAUAAAGCGGAAAACGAAUUCGGUCUCUUUGUUUUUAUUUCUGUUUGUUUAAAAGCAGCAGACGUAUCAGAUUACUUUUCAUUCAACAAGAAUCCGCCCUAUGACCGUGUAAGCUUGUUCGAGCUGUUUGGGAAGUAAGCAUCAAGUAUCUAAUUUUUUAUUUGUAGGAAUUCUGCAGGCGCCCCUUAUAACAGAAUAAUAAUAAUAACUUUAUUUUUCUUCUCGACCACGGUAGCGAAGAUUUUGAACAAUUUUAAACAAAAAGACAGGAUAUAGCGACAGAACAACACGAGCCUUUUAUGUCUAACUAUUAUCAAGUUAAAAAAUAGAAACAAAAGUGUACGUAUGGCACAAUAUAUUUUAUAACAGAAUAUCUCGUAUUUUUAUGAGUAUAGGUAUACAGUACUCUGAUCAUUUACGGUUUUGGACCGGCAUGCUGGACAGUAAGUCGAAUUUAAACUCUGCAAAUUCACACAAGAUGUCGUGGGCAGAUGUAAACAUACAGGGCGACUACGAUUUAUAUGCGAGGUCUCCUGUUAGGAGGGCAAACAAAGACGAAGCACAAACGCAAAAAGUGUCAGAAUCUAACAGUUCCAACCCCUCGCCUCGAAAUGAGAACAGCACGCGUUCAGUGCAAGAUCGUUCGGGUCGGCAAAGAAAACCGAGAGUUAAGCUGUCGAAGUCACCCGCAAAGGUACAAGAGCAGGACGUUGAAAAGAAAAAUCAAGAUGCAAAAAUACAGGACACAGAGAAAGUGUUUGGAAAUACUGAUAAAUUGGGUGAUAACCGAGAAAAAGACAACAAAAGUAAAAUCCAUGAAAAUUUAAACUUUCUCAGACCCAAGUUUGUCGAUUCUCCUGACAAUGAUAUACCAGACAACAAAGAAACGAAUAUCCUUUCAGAUUGUAUGCACAAAGCAGGUGACGAAAACCACAAGUUCAACAACAAUACACUGUCAAAGGAGACGAGUCCCCACCAAAAUCGAAAAGGAAAACAAAAACGCACGCCGCAGCUUCACGCGCCUGGUAACCCAUUCUCUCCACCCGUGGCGUCGGUAAUACAUUUCAGGCCACCUGUUGAGAUGGGAGCAAUUAACAACUCAGUUCAAAGGCGAUUUGUGAUAAGAAAUGGAAUUUUAAUGGACGAUCUUCAUACGAAAGAAAACUUGACGCGUCGGUCGGCGAUUUUUAUGGCGAAGUACCUUGGCAUGGGGUACGACCCACUUCCAAACCGUGUAACUUCUAUUGUCGUGCGUCCUAUGCUUCCACCACUAAAACGGCGGCAAGAAGGAUUUGCCAUUCGCGACCGUCCUAAAAUAGCACAGGACGAACAAAAACAAGAAAAGAUCGAGACUGAACUGGGGCCUCUGCGGGUUUCCGACGCAUAUAACUCCCGCAGAAAUUACGCUAUAAAGUCGAGGUUACAGGAGUCGGACAAUACCAACCUAGAAUCGCGUCUCGACGAGACGGAAAUAUUUGAUCAUAUUGUACGGUGGAGGUCCAAGGUUCGACACUGUGGAAAGCCAGCGAUGUACCGCCGCGUGACGUCACCUACUUUAGGCGAAGUUGCUCUACGAAGAAAAUUAACCGACCGCCUGCCAACUAGACAGGUUCGGCGAAACUGGCGUGGGCUACCCGAUAUACAAAGUAGCGAUUUGGACAGAUGGCGGCAACCCGCAUCAGUACUUGGCGUACAUACGUCACAACCGGACAAUAAACAUAUCAGGGAAAACCCCCAAGAUGAUAUAAAACAUAGAGACUCACCUGAUGCUGCGACAGACUUGAAAAGCAGGCAUGCAAAUAGUGAUAUCGCCAGAACUUGAAUACUGAUGGAUUUGGUUCCUCCUGAAAUACCACUUCGUAAACGCAGACCAGUUUGGCAACGAAUGCGCUAAAUUGUAUAGUAAUUUACUACACAGAGCUGUGUAUAGUAGGGUGGGGGAAGACGAGACACCUUUAGCACAUAAUAUCCAAAUAUUUUAAUUGUGUUUUAAACAAUUAACAAAGGUCUAUGGAAGUCGUGAAGAUACAGUUUUAUAGUUUUUUGAAUGUUCUUGGUCACAACUAAAUGGAAAGUGGAAAUAGAAUGAAAAGGUGUCCCAUCUUCCCCCACCCUACUAUAUAACGUAAUAAAAAAGACAACAUGAAAAGAGAAUUAAGAAAAGCAAACAGACUGGAGAAUUACCAUCUUAAAGAACUGGUUGAACACUUACUAAAAGUUUAAAGGGUUCAUAUUUUAUAUAAAUGAAAAUGAAAAAGAAAUACACAGAUAUUGUCGUUGUCGUUCAGAUUUUAUA